UCUCCUCUGUUUUAAAGGAGAAUAGUGUCCAUGGCUACAAAGGUCAGAAGGCAAAGGGCCGCCUGAAAUUCUCCUCUGAUGGCCAGGAGCCUUGGCAGAGAAAGGUACUUCGAGGCCUGAGAAUCAGAGACUGGGGAGAGUUAGGUAGUUAGGAGCUUCCUGGAAAGAUGAAGAACACUGAGUUCUAGAAAACUUGGCUUUCUAGCUCUGGUCUGCUUCCAAACCUACUGUGUGAUCUUGGGCAAGUCCCUUCUCUUCUCUGGGCCUGUUUCCCUCCUGUAGGUGGGAAGAUUCUUCUAGAUCCAAAAAUCUCUUUUCUUCCCCGAGCUUCCUCUUUUCCCUUCCUAUACCACCCCCACCCAGACUGGUUGGAACAUUCCAGAAAUAGCCUUGAACUGAGUUUUAAAAGCCCCAAGUAAGAGUUGCAAUCCACUUCUGAGUUUCUCCUGAGCUCUGGACUCAGGGCUUGAAGUCCUGGCAGGGUAUCUAGUCUUGGCAGGUUGCACGCAUCAGAGAGGAGAAAGGUCCUGUGCCUGUGAGAAAGGCCUCAGGGGCUGGCAUUGUGAUGACCUCAUCCAUUCUAUGACAUCACUCUCUCUCCCAGCCCCCCUCCUCCCUGAUCAACUGCCCUGCAAACAACCAUCAAUCUGAAUCCCAAAGACCUGAGAAGUCUGUUCUCCAGUACCUGCUGCUGAUCUUCUGCCUCAGCCAGCAAAGCACCAUGAAAUUAGAAUUCACAGAGAAAAACUACAACAGCUUUGUGCUGCAGAACCUGAACAAACAGAGGAAACGCAAAGAGUACUGGGAUAUGGCCCUGACUGUGGACCACCAUGUUUUCUUUGCACAUCGCAACGUACUGGCUGCUGUCUCUCCACUGGUGAAGAGCCUCAUCUCCAGCAAUGACAUGAAGACCACCGAUGAGCUCUUUAUCACCAUUGACCCCAACUACCUGAGUCCAGCCACGGUGGACCAGCUCCUGGACUACUUCUACAGUGGCAAGGUGGUGAUCUCGGAGCAGAAUGUGGAGGAGCUCCUUCGCGGGGCCCAGUAUUUCAACACCCCACGCCUGCGAAUCCACUGUAAUGACUUCCUGAUCAAGUCCAUCCGCCGUGCAAACUGCUUGCGCUACCUCUUCUUGGCUGAGUUGUUUGAGCUCAAAGAGGUAUCAGACUUGGCCUACUCUGGCAUUCGUGACAACUUCCACUACUGGGCCAGUCCUGAGGGCUGUAUGCACUUCAUGCGCUGUCCACCUGUCAUCUUUGGCCGCCUGCUCCGAGACGAAAACUUGCAUGUGCUCAAUGAGGACCAGGCACUGAGCGCACUCAUCAACUGGGUGUACUUCCGGAAGGACGAGCGGGAGAAGUAUUUCAAGAAGUUCUUCAACUACAUCAAUCUCAAUGCCGUCUCCAACAAGACGCUGAUGUUUGCCAGCAACAAGUUGAUGGGCAUGGAGAACAGCUCAGCCCAUGCAACUCUCAUUGAGAGUGUCCUUGUGGACCGAAAGCAGGAGAAGCCAUCCAGCUUGUUGAGCUACCAACGGAAAGGGGCCCUGCUUGAUUCGGUGGUCAUCCUGGGUGGCCAAAAGGCCCAUGGCAAGUUCAAUGAUGGAGUGUUUGCCUAUAUCAUCCAGGAGAACUUGUGGUUGAAGCUGUCAGAGAUGCCCUACAGGGCAGCAGCACUUAGUGCCACCUCUGCUGGUCGCUACAUCUACAUCUCUGGUGGUACCACUGAGCAGAUUUCAGGGCUGAAGACGGCUUGGCGAUAUGACAUGGAUGACAACUCCUGGACCAAGUUGCCAGACCUGCCAAUUGGGCUUGUCUUCCACACCAUGGUGACCUGCGGGGGGACGGUGUAUUCAGUGGGUGGGAGCAUUGCUCCAAGGCGGUAUGUCUCCAACAUCUAUCGCUAUGAUGAGCGCAAGGAGGCCUGGUGCCUGGCAGGAAAAAUGAGCAUCCCUAUGGAUGGCACAGCCGUGAUCACCAAGGGUGACCGGAACCUGUACAUUGUCACCGGCCGGUGCUUGGUGAAGGGCUAUAUCUCCCGAGUUGGAGUGGUGGACUGCUUUGACACCAACACCGGGGAUGUGGUCCAGUGUAUCACCUUCCCCAUUGACUUCAACCACCGGCCCCUGCUCUCUUUCCAUCAGGACAACAUCCUCUGUGUACACAGCCACCGGCAGAGUGUGGAAAUCAAUCUGCAGAAGAUAAAGGCCAACAAGACGACCACCUCGGUGCCUCUCUUGCCUAACAACUGCCCCUUGGAUGUGUCCCAUGCUAUAUGCUCCAUUGGAGACAGCAGAGUGUUUGUGUGCGGGGGUGUCACCACAACCAGCGAUGUCCAGACAAAGGACUACACCAUCAACCCAAAUGCCUACUUGUUGGACCAAAAGACAGGCGAGUGGAAAACCCUGGCCCCCCCACCGGAGGCACUGGACUGUCCUGCCUGCUGUCUAGCCAAGCUACCGUGCAAGAUUCUUCAAAGGAUUUAAACAACUUUUUAAGUGGGAGAAUAAGUAAAUGCAUUAUUGUUCACAAUUUAA